AUGAGCCAACAGAGUAUACCACAGCAACCGCAGUUUGUAGGCGCAGGGGCAAAUGCAGCGCCUGCAACCGUAGCGGCCGAUGACGUUGGCACAUUCAACGGAGGAAGUUUCCGCGUGAGCCACCGGGACACGAAUACGAUUCUUACCAUACAACUGGCAAUGGGCUGUCCAUUUACCGUGAAACCAGGCUCCAUGAUUGCAAUGUCACCCACCAUGACGCUAAAAGGCAACCUCAAGUUCUCACUCAAGAAAGCCCUCAUUGGCGGCGAGAUGUCCAAAUCCAUAUACACUGGCCCCGGCGAAUUGCUCCUGGCUCCCCCGGCAAUCGGCGACAUCACCAUCAUCAAGCUCGGCGGCAACGAUACCUGGAGUCUGGGGCGCGACGCCUUUCUCGCGUGCACGCAGGGCAUAGUGAUGGAGCACAAGAGCCAGGGUAUAAGCAAGGGCAUGUUCAGCGGUGAGGGGUUCUUCGUGUACAAGAUUAGUGGCACGGGAAUCCUGUGGUGUACGAGUUUCGGGGCCAUUAUCAGGAAAGAUCUUGCCGCCAACGAGAAAUAUAUCAUCGACAAUGGCCACCUGGUAGCGUGGAACUGCAAGUACGUGCUUGAGCGCGUGGCCAGCGGCGGCAUCGUGAGUACCAUGGCGGCAGGCGAGGGCCUGGUGUGCAAGUUUACGGGCCCGGGCACGGUAUUUAUGCAGACGAGGAAUGCAACGGCGUUUGCACAGUUUAUGGCUUCUCAUGCUACGGCGUAGUUUGGAAGAGUAGGACGGUUAGGUGGGGGGAUGGGGUGUGUGUGUAAGUUGACUUUGAAUUAUUCUUUGUGUAGAAAUACCUUUGGGGAAGAAAUUUAUGGAUUAUCACGUUUCGGUGUACUCUCCGACUAUUUUUCUUUCUUUCUUUUCGUUCUUUCAAGACUCAUCAUGCAUGAGGUGCUGGCGCAAGAUGGGAAUGAAAUAGUCAAGUAAAGAUGAUGUUUGGUCAUGCCAAAUGCUUCAUUAUUUUUUCCCCCUUUACGCCCCCCGGGCUAUUUUGUCUAAAAUAGGCGCAUUCGAAACUAAAUCAAAGAUUUGCUCAUGGCCAAAUCAAUCAAACGUCGUCUUCUUACCCUGCGACUCGACAAUGGCCUGACUUGCCCUCGGGGCACUCGAAUGCGCAGCA